AUGACCCUGUUUAAUAUGAGGAUUUCCCAGACCACUGCAAAGAAACCACGAACCCUCCAAUGUCCUGACUGCGACCUUACUGUUGCUCGACCAAGCCACCUCGCCCGUCAUCUCCAGUCCCAUCUACCGCCUGCUCGACGUGAACACUUCUCCUGUGGCGAAUGCGGUCGUCAAUUCUCGCGGAACGAUGUACUCCUCCGACAUCUCCGAACGGCCCAUCAAGCCUCCAUAACCCGAAAGAAGUCUGCUCAAAAGUCCUGUUUUCGCUGUGUGAAGAAGAAGCUGAAAUGUGACCGUGUACGACCGUGUGUACCUUGCACAAAGUCGUCCUCUCCUUGCCAAUACCCCGGUGAUGAGCCUCUCGGCGACUCUAAAGCACCAGAAGGCAAGGCCGAAUCCCCCCCUCAGAAGACACCCCAUUAUCAAGAGUCUGAUUACCGACGGCAUCCCGAUCACCCACUAGAUCUGGUUCAAGCUCCUCCAGGGUUUAUUCCGAACACUGCUCAAAGACCUCCAGACGCCCAGGCGUUUCAUGACGCUCCAUUCUUCCAGCACCCCCCGGAACCCAACUCCAUGCCAAUGAUUCCUCCCGAUCUAGUUUCUUUCUCCACUACCAGCCCGACCAAUGUGGGCAACGAUUUUAACCAAGCCAUGAUGGGAUUCGAGGGCGCUUACCUCCCAGGCGAUUACAACUUCAUGCCCUCGAAUUCGGCUCCCAAAAUCGCCGGCAUGGCUGAAGGCGGAGUCGACUGGCUGAACCUAGAGCUGGAUUCCCCCAAUAAUGGUGAUCCUACGCAGUCCCUGGGCCCAAAUUCUCAGCCCGGAAGCAUAUAUCACGUCCCGACCUCGUCCUCAAUAUCGGGUGGAACCAUGGAAGCCUUGCACGAUCGAAACUAUCAAAACGUGGCAGCACGAUUCGAACCCAUUCGGGCGCAAGAUUCGAACAGUGCCAAAGCCAUCGAGUCACAAGCGGCCGCCCACCAAUGGCCUUUCGAUCAUACACGAAACCCGGAACCCCCAAAGUAUCGACUACCGCCCCUGCGUGAUAUCCUUCAGGGGACCAUGGCAUCAAGCGGACAAGACAAUGGAAAUACCAUCAGGAGUCUGAUUCAACUUUUAUCCGCCUCAUAUCUGCCGGAGAUCGACUUCAUUCAGGAUAUGAGUACGAUGUCGGCCAUGGAACUUCUGAAAACUUCACUGGAACUCUAUUUCAGUGAAUUCCACGCUGUACUGCCAUUAGUUCACAUGCCGACGUUCAACAUGGCCAAGGUUCCCACUGUCACCCUUGCAGCAAUGUCUUGCAUAGGAGCCAUGUAUUCUGAUGAUCGACAAGGGACCGAGCAAUCCUGGUCGUUAAGUGAGAUUUGUAUUCAAAUGAUUGCUUGGCUGGGAGGUGCUGACAGUACCAACUAUUACAAUGCUCCCUAUCUCAUAGCAUGUUGCCUCCAUCAAAUCUACUCCCUUGGAUCGGGAAAUCGACGACUCUAUCAAAAUGCAGAUUGCUCACGAGGUAUAUUGAUCGGGUGUCUUCGGGGAAUGGGUCUGCUCAAGUCUCGGGUCAGUACCGAGUUUGAAAAGGACGAUGUGAUAAAUGGCGUGUCAACCAGCGAUCCAUCCAGCGAGUGGCUCAGGUGGAAGGAUCAAGAACAGGAGAAACGGAUCGCCUGGUCUUCAUUCGAAUAUGACUGCAGUCUCUGCACGCUGACUUCGAGAAGGGGUGCCGUUGACCUCCCCGAACUUCCUAGUCAUUUGCCCUGCGCAGAACCUCUUUGGGAUGCUCCAUCUGCUCAGGCUUGGAUAGCUCUUUACUCUCGUUCGUCCCCUACAGCACGUGGCGCUCCAACAUCGAAAAUGCUCCGCAAUAUUUUGGCCGGCAAACCAGUUCCUGAAGAUCUGCCAGCUUGGAGCAGGAGACUCUGUGCACAAAGCAUAGGCCGACUGUUAUGGGACAUCAAACAGUUAGACAUCAUGUCCACGACGGAAUACCUCAAGCUCCCGUCCUUAGCUAUCGCUCAGAGACAAACCAAAAGUACCCUGCUGCAAGGACUCAAUGCGCUUUGUGAAUCAAUGUACAAUCUCUCUUCUACUGCCGAGCUUAUCCACUACAAUCUAAUCUCAUUAAUAUGUCAUUAUUCACACCUCUACAGCGCUGAUGAAGCGAUGGAUCUCGUCGUUCACAUCUUCCGGAUUUCAGCAUCUCAAUCGAAGCCGCCGAACAAUGGCUUGGCAUCGGCCAAACGACGUCUUUCAUCUAUCCUCCGCAAGAACCCUCAUAAGGCACGCAAUCUCGCCUGGCAUGCGGCUCAGAUCAUUGCUGUUGCAAACGAAUAUUUGGUUUCUGCACCGUGUGAGAUACUAAGAGUGUUCAUGGGAUAUACCUUCAUUCUGGCCUUCGCGAAGUUUGGCCCCCAACCGUCUCCAGACACCGAUUGUGAAUCGUGCUCUGUCCAUUUAGAUUUGUCAAAUCAUCGGGAUGGUCAGCGGACUGCCAUCUCGACAUGGAUUGAGAAUGGAGGCCGAGCGAGUGUAGGCGCCGCCGAGAACAUCUUCAGCGAGGAAGGAUUGAAAGUACUCAGUCAGGAUGCUCAAACGAUGCUACGAAAGAUGCGGUUCUGGGGAUUAGCAAAGAAGUUCAUCCGAAUACUCGAAAGUUUCGAUAUCAAUAGCGAUUGA